CUAUUUGUCUCCGAUGAACGCUACUCUCUCUCCAAGCACCUCGCCCAAAAUCAAGCGUAAAAUAUCUGUCAAACGACCCCGCGCAGGCUCACAUGUCCCGCCCCUGACUCAGGAAAGCCAUGACGCUGCCCUCCACGCAAUCCGCUCCUACCUCAGAGGCCACACUACCUACGAUUCCUUUCCAGUUAGCUUCCGCAUGAUUGUCCUCGAUGCGAGGCUAGAAGUUAGAAAGGCUCUGCAGUGUCUGUUGUCCAAUGGUGUUGUAUCUGCACCACUCUGGAACAGCGAACAAUCACGCUUUGCGGGCAUGUUCACCGUAUCUGAUAUUAUUCACCUGAUUCAGUACUACUACAAAUCGUCUACCUAUGAGGGUGCUGCUGCCGACGUAGAGACUUUACGGUUAGAGUCACUGCGGGAUAUUGAGAAAGAGCUAGGUGUAGAGCCCCCACCGCUUCUCAGAGAACAUCCAUCCGCCACAUUGUACGAUGCUUCCAAACGGCUCAUACAAACUCAUGCCCGGCGACUGCCCUUGCUCGACAAUGAUUCGGAGACAGGACAUGAAGUCGUUAUUUCGGUGCUAACCCAGUACCGUCUCCUCAAAUUCGUGUCUAUCAACUGUGCCAGGGAAAUAACGCUGUUGCAUAUGCCGUUGCGCAAAUUGGGCAUUGGCACAUAUGUUGCGAAUUGGCGGCCAACCGUCGAGAGUAGCCCGGAUGGAAAUCCCUUCUAUCCUAUAUCCACCGCCAGCAUGACAACCCCGGUGUUCGACGUUGUCCACAUGUUUUCCGAACGGGGCAUCUCUGCCGUUCCUAUAGUGGACGAGAACGGCAUCGUCGUCAAUUUGUACGAGACCGUGGAUGUAAUUACACUCGUGCGUCUCGGAGCAUAUCAGGCACUCGAUCUUACUAUCUCGGAGGCUCUCAAUCAACGCUCUCCAGAUUUCCCUGGAGUUGUCAUAUGUACAGCUUCUGAUUCAUUGGCGACCCUCAUGCAGCUAAUCAAGAAGCGACGAGUGCAUCGCUUGGUGGUCGUUGAAGGCGAGGAAGAAGAGAGGAAAGGCGGAAAGAAGGGUCGUCUUUUGGGUAUCAUCACUCUUAGCGAUGUUCUAAGAUACAUUAUUGGUGAGACUGCGAUUGGCGAGGUGGUCGAACCACCAGAAGAACCCACGCCUGCACGCGUGCCCACACCUCAGGAGAAGCUGGAUGCUCAGGAGCAGGGGCGGUUGCAGGAGCCUUCGGGAGAGGCUCAACAUCAGUCUGAAGCAGAAGCGAGCUAGCACCGUUCACAUUUCGCUUUUCUGCUUCGCGUUUACAGUCUCGGUAUGACUGACAUGUAAUUCUAGUACCCGCAUACGCUGCGAUCGUUGGAUACCACUGUACUCAUAUCAGCUUUUCAUAUGUCGUGUUAUGUUUUGUCGCGCUGUUGGGGAUCUCAAUAUAA